GACACAUUUUAAUUCAAUAAGGAAGAAAGUGAGCUAAGUGAGUAAGAGAGAAAGAACGUGCUUUGACAAGUGUUUCAUUCAGAUCUAGUUUCUCUGUGGUCGAAAAAAGAUAUUCGUAUUUUUUCGGUAAAUCUGUCACUUUGAAGGACGUAAAUAGUAUGAUUCAAUGUUGAGGUGACGAAAAAAGGAAAGGAACUUAAUGAACGGGAAGUUAAAAACCAAACCAACUAAAAAGAUGAACCUUUUCCCGCACUUUACGUGGAUGUCGAUAACCUCUCCACAAACUUAUUCGAAGUUGCAAUGCCAUGGAGAAAUUUCCAUUGAAGGGUACAAAUUUAUUAAAUAAUACAGUACCACAGAAUUAUCAGAAUCCUUUAACAACGUACCAAUCAGUUGAUACAAAGGUGGAAAACUCGGAUGAUGUGUAUUUUGUAGAGAAUACACGGUCGCGAAAUCAAACAGCUGGACGCGAUACUAAUUUAAGCAGUGACGACGAUAUGCUUGAAGUUAAUAACAUAGGAUCAAACCAUGGAGAGAAUACCGUUCUCUCAGAUCACUGUAUUCGUAUCGAUGAUGCUUCCUCCCACAGUGAGUUAUUUUCGGUCGAUUCCGAUGAUAUUUUCGGGAUCGCUCAAUAUGAUGACUUUCACACGAUUGAUUGGCAGCGAGAUAUUGCCCUCGAUAGAAUGCACCAUCGAUAUAUCGUGAAGAAAAAACAUGAUUCCAUUUGGCGUUUAAUCAAGAGGGUACAUGAUGCAUGGUCUGGAUGGCUCUGUGUUUUAUUUGUUGGUCUAUUUACAGGAGUCGCGGCAGGUAUUAUAGAUAUAGGAGCCUCUUGGAUGACCGAUCUAAAGUUUGGUAUAUGCCCUCAAGCCUUUUGGCUGAAUAAAGAACAAUGUUGUUGGAGUUACAAUGAAACAACUUUCGACGGUGGUAAUUGUUCUCAGUGGCGGACGUGGCCCGAGGUAUUUAGCCAAUCGAAAGACGGUGCAGGACCUUACAUGAUUUCGUACAUGUUUUACAUAGCUUGGGCACUCCUGUUUGCUUCCCUUUCUGCCUCGUUAGUAAGAAUGUUUGCUCCGUACGCUUGUGGCUCUGGUAUUCCCGAGAUUAAGACGAUUCUAAGUGGAUUUAUUAUUCGUGGAUAUUUGGGAAAAUGGACAUUGAUAAUUAAGUCAGUGGGUUUGAUUCUGUCGGUCUCAGCAGGUUUAAACUUGGGCAAGGAAGGACCAAUGGUUCAUAUAGCUUGUUGCAUAGGAAAUAUAUUUUCUUAUCUAUUUCCAAAAUAUGGUAGAAACGAAGCUAAGAAGAGAGAGAUUUUAUCAGCCGCCGCCGCUGCGGGUGUCUCGGUAGCUUUCGGUGCUCCGAUCGGAGGUGUUCUUUUCAGCCUCGAAGAAGUGAGCUAUUAUUUCCCUCUCAAGACGUUGUGGCGGUCGUUUUUUUGUGCUCUGAUAGCCGCUUUCAUUUUGCGAUCGAUAAAUCCUUUUGGUAACGAGCAUUCGGUUCUUUUUUACGUUGAAUACAACAAGCCUUGGAUAUUUUUUGAGUUGAUACCCUUCGUUAUGCUCGGAGUAAUUGGCGGAGUGAUUGCCACUUUAUUCAUCAAGGCGAAUCUGUUUUGGUGUCGUUAUCGUAAAACUUCAAAGUUAGGUCAAUAUCCGGUUACCGAAGUUUUGAUAGUGACGGUUGCGACUGCCGUCAUCGGAUAUCCGAAUCCAUAUACACGAAUGAGUACGAGUCAACUAAUUUAUUUAUUAUUCAGUCAGUGCGGGGUGUCCAAUGCGGAUAUAUUAUGCGAUUAUAAUAGAAACUUCAGCGCUGUAAACUCGGCAAUUGAAAUCGCAGCAGCGGGGCCCGGGGUUUAUAAGGCCAUAUGGCUUCUUGUAUUAGCGUUAAUACUAAAACUUGUUAUGACAAUAUUCACAUUCGGUAUGAAAGUACCCUGUGGAUUAUUUAUUCCCUCGCUUUGUUUGGGAGCAAUAAUGGGCCGUAUCGUUGGUAUUGGAAUGGAACAACUCGCAUACAAUUAUCCACAUAUCUGGAUGUUCAGCGAAGAAUGUUCGACUGGUAUAGAUUGUAUAACCCCUGGCUUAUACGCGAUGGUGGGCGCUGCGGCUGUUCUUGGCGGUGUCACUAGAAUGACUGUCUCUCUCGUCGUGAUAAUGUUCGAAUUAACUGGCGGUGUAAGAUACAUCGUGCCCUUAAUGGCGGCCGCAAUGGCGAGCAAAUGGGUCGGCGACGCGCUUGGGAAACAAGGUAUCUACGAUGCUCACAUCGCCUUGAACGGAUAUCCGUUUCUCGAUAGCAAAGACGAAGUUCAACACACAACUCUUGCAGCCGAUGUCAUGCAACCUAAGCGCAAUGAGGCCCUUCAUGUGCUCACUCAGGAUUCAAUGACGGUCGAAGACGUUGAAAAUUUAUUAAAGGAAACGGAACAUAAUGGUUUCCCUGUAAUAGUUUCAAAAGAAUCGCAAUAUCUUGUCGGUUUUGUAUUGCGGAGAGACUUGAAUCUUGCGAUUGCAAACGCUAAACGUAUGACGGAAGAGAUAACCGGACAAUCGUUGGUCAUAUUCACCAAUGGAAACAACAUUCAAAGUCAUUCUCCUCCGCCACUGAAAUUGAAGAGAAUUCUUGAUAUGGCUCCGAUUACAAUUACGGACCAGACGCCUAUGGAAACUGUUGUCGACAUGUUCAGAAAAUUGGGAUUGAGGCAGACACUCGUCACGCAUAAUGGCCGACUUCUGGGAGUCAUCACGAAAAAGGAUGUAUUGAGACACGUAAAGCAGCUUGACAAUGAAGAUCCUAACUCCGUAUUGUUUAAUUAAAUUGUAUAUACGUAUAAAUCGUACGCGCUCGUCUACACACACACACGUGCGCUCGCGCUCAGAGAGAAAAAGAGAGAGUCUAUAAAAAAAUGAAAUGAUUAUUAAAAGGUAGAAGAUACGAUGCUUUUUGCAUCAGAAUUUCCCACAGCCAAAGCGUCGAUGAAAGUUGAUGAUGGAUAUUUCGAGCAUAUUAUAUAAAUGAAGUAAGUCGAGUAGCACGGAAAGUAAUUUCUACGCAUUCCAACAAUUUCUCCAUUUCUAUAAUUUUCGAUCGCAUCAUGAUCUAUUCGAAUUAGUACAAUAAACAUUAUUAACUAAGUUUAAUUUAAAAAUUAAACUUUUACCUGUUCUUUUGAGGUAACAGAAAGCGUUCCGUUUAAAAACACAAGUAGUCCUUAGUAUGAUUUUGAAAAUUUCAGGGAAAAUUUUUCUUUCGCGUUAAUGAGCAACGAUGAAAAUCUUGCGGCAUUUUCUCGUAUCUCCUAUCGUUUGGUAAUUAUUACGAACGGCACAUAUAUUUAAACAUCCUGUAUCAGAAAAUGAUAGAAAAAGUGUUUUAUAAUGAUGUAGUAUCAAUCGAAAAAUUAGAUACAUCUUACAAAAAGUUCAACGAUCACAAGCGUGGAAUCAUGUAGCUGAAACAUUUUUAGCUGAUUAUGGUAUGCUACAUGUACCGUGCGUCCAUAAUGAAAAUAACUUUUUUGUUUCAUUAUCGAGUAGUUGUUUAAAAUAAUCAACAAAUAUACACUAGAUCAAAUGAAGGCAUAUACAUUAGACGUACGAGCAAGAUUUAUAAACAUAGUUAAUAUUUGAAUAUAAAAGACCAUUAAUUUCAUUUUAUAAAUCGUCGAUAUUUCGGAUAUACUACACCUUAUAAAACUCUUUGAAUAAGCAAUACAUGUUCAUGCGUAUAUGUGUGUGUAUGUAUUUUUAUUUAAAACUUUUUUUUUUAAUGAGUUUACCACUUAACAAAUUAGAAGAAUUAGCUAUGCUAUCAUAUACGAUAGUUCAAAUAGAACAAACUCUUUCGUAUGGCUUCUCUGUCUCGAAAAGAAAGCUAAGAAUUUUUUAUCAUCAUACAUAUUAAUAUAUUUUGGCUGACACGAAGUGCGACAUAUGAGAAUUUUCGAAAUGUAAUAAAACGAUUAAUAAUUAGAUAGUAUAUUUUUCUUAUUUUAUAACAUAAACCAAAAAACUUGUAUAUGAUCAUUGAUGCUUAUAUCAAGUGUAUACAUGUAUGUAUAUUAGAGUGGUCUUUACAUCGUAGGCGUAGAAUUUUGUUUGUUUCGCCUUUUGAACGGUUAACACGCAAAAAAGCUACGUGGUAUAACAAAAUUAUUCAUCUACUCGAUCAAUAUAUUUUUUUAAUUACUGGUGUAUAGUCACUCUUUUAAUACUCUUUCGGUCAGUGGCGGUCCAAAAAGCUGCGCUGAAGAAGGAAGGGCGAAGCAUAUAAGAGUAUAUAUUUUUGAACUUUCUUGGGUACGAUUCGAAACGUGUUUAUAAUUUAUUUAUUAAUAUUUAUAUUGAACAGUAGAUUAAAUAAUUAAGUACGCGUUAAUUAUUUAUGUAUAUAAGUGUACGCUCGAAAAAUUUAUAGAAUGUAGUAUAAAAUGAAUAAUAAAUAUAUUAACACGUUGACUGCCACGUCAGUUUGUCAUGUCUAAAGAUAUCCUCAAACAAUGAAACAGAAAUAUUCGACGAUUCAAUGGUAUAUCUGUUAUUUUACAAGUGUUAGGGUUUUUUUUUAUUUGUAAACAAUAUUGCAACGCGUUGUACGUUCAAAGUGCCGAUCAUCAGUAACCGCCAUAGCAGUCAACGUGUAAAGAUUUCGAUUCUUGGAUGGGGAAUCCCCUUCAUCGCCCUUCCAUUGGAUCCGCCACUGUAUUCGAACGAUUUCAAUAGAUUUGCAGCCAUUUGAAGCUACCCCAAAGAUUAUGAAUCCCGUUUUUCUGUUAUUUAAUUGAUUAGGGAGCAGGGGAGGGGGGCAGGCCUAAAAAAUGUCGAUUAUUUACGUUCAAGAAGUAUCGUAGCAUGCACGAUCAGGACUAAUAUAAAUUUUAGAUUCAUUUGUAAAUUAGAAUCCAUUAACGGAUUUUUUAAACCGACAUUCACAUUAGGCGAACGAAGUUGCUUGCAAAGGCUAUAUAUUCUAAUCUGAAAAAAUCAAUUUGUUUUUUGAAAUAUGGUUUGGUCUAAAUUCUUUGUGCGUUUCAUAUUUGUUUGGUCCAUGAAAAUAAUAAAAAGGUUUUAUUAUUUAAAUGUUUUAUUUAUUUUAAACACUUUUAAUCUGUGAAAGUAAUAAGAAUCAUUAAAAAAUUGAUAAUUAAGUUUCAGAGUGUCGUCAUUUUUUUAAUUAUCGAUUCUUUUUUCUUUUAGUACCUGCUAUAACUAAAUUCGUCCUAAUUAAGAACCUAUUUUAAUUUUUCAUUUGAAAUGCAUAGAAUGGCUGAAACCAUGGAAACCAUCUGAUUUCUUUUUUCACUACGUUUUAGUAGAUACAGAAUAGUCAAUUAUUAAUAUUUUACUUUGAAGAAAUUUGUACGUAUUUCAUAAAUAUCAAUAAAUAUACAUAUGCGAGAAAUUCUGAUGAAAAAGGUUGUAUAGUUCUCCAGUCAGAAAUUAUUAAAAUUAUCUAAAAAUACGCGCUUUAAAUGCAAAAGCGGAGUCGAGCAAAUUUUAUUCACGAGUAACGAAUAAAUUUCUAGAUCUAAUCUCAAAACUAAAUUUAAUCUGCAAUUUAGUCUGGAUGUCAGUUUAAACGAUCCGUUUAGGAAUUCUAAUUCAUAAAUGUUCAAUGUAAAAUUUGUAUUCGUUAAUCGCGAAUAAAAUUCACCCAGUUCUGUGCAAAAGCUAUUGGAAUUGAAUGCCUCCUACGCAUUCAUAGUUUUCCACCUAGUGGCAAUGAUUCGUGCCACAAAAGUUACUAGUUUCGGUACUAAUAGUGACGCCAGCACGAAGGGGUCGAGGUUUUGGUUGGUGUUAAAGUUAGUAAAUUUCCACCCUUACGGCACGAAUCAAUGUUUCCUGGUAUAUAUUCACAGAAGAAGAGUGGCAGAGACGAUGGAAUAUUUAAAAAUAUAUUCCAUUCUUAUGAAAAAUGGAAUACAAUAGAUUUAUGCCUACCUCUCGAGCAAUGCAAUCAGGUUUUUCCUCAACGAUACACUGAUUAAACUUUCGGGCUUAUCUGACUGAGUUUAUAUAUUUAGGUUGAGGGAUUGAACCAAAAAGUUUCGAUUAUUCGUAGCUAAGGACCACUCUAGCAAUAAGUGUAAUCAUUUGUUUUACAAGUAUCGAGAUUCCGUCUAUCUUGAUAUUAAUACAAUACAUACCAAUA